CUUCUGCAUCUCAGAACGAGCCUCGGCAUUCCUGUGCAAGACCACCGACCGACCGUUGAAGUAAGCAAGCAUCAUGGCUGCCGUGGACAUCGAGAGCCAACAGCUCCUCCUGCAUACGGAAACAACGAUAGCUGCAUUUGACAUCCCCAAUAAUGGUGGCGCCGCCGACGACGCCGAGACCGAAGAAGCCGAGGAAGACUUGGACGACGACGAUGAUGACAACUCCGUAUCGCACGUCGCAAGCGCCAGUCUGGGCAAGCGCUUGCAUGACGCUACCGCUUCAUCGACUGCUUCUGACGGGAAGCGCCUUCGUCCGAACGACCCCGAGAGCGUCAUUGAUCUGGGCGAGGACGACGAAGAUGAUGAGGAAGACGACGACGACGAUGACGACGAUGACGAUGUCGACAGCAGUGCCGUAAGACCGUACGCAAAAAAUGGUUCGAAGCAGUUUAUGAGCAAGGGCAAUCGAUCAAUGGGACAGUUUGACGACAGCGAACCAGCGAGUCAGCAGCAUUCGAACCUCCAGCGAUUGCUGGAUUCCAUGGAUCGUAAGACCAAGACCGAGCUGUUCUCGGACGCGCUGGAAUUGUGCGGCAACGAUCUGUUCACGGGCCACGAAGCAUGGCAGGACCAGUUACUGCUGAAGGCGUGUCGGUUGCAUCCUGCGUUUGUGAGCUCGAUCAACGAACUGGCCCACCAGAGUGGAUCUUACAACACACCUGUCGUUCUAAGUGGCGACGAGGACGACGAGGAUGAGGAGGACGACGCGGAUGACUAUGACGACGACGCGUCAUUUGCCCAAGACAAUGGUGACGACAAUGGUGACGACAAUGAUGACGACGACGCGCUCAAUCUGGUCGAGGACGACGAAGACGACGAGUUGGAAUUGGGCGAUUUGUCCGACUUAUAGGAAGAACGACGUGAAUAUGGCAGCUAGCUAUCUAUGUAUGAAAGACAAGGAAGAUCCAACUAUGAACUUGCCACCCUCGUACUAGUUUGUGUACUACCAAAUACAUAUAUAUCUAUGAAAGACAACCAAGACCUUGCCACUCGACCGACCAAUUGUCGUAGCAAAGUACUCCUAGUACAUGUACCUGUACGUGAAGUACAUACUAGUAGUACGCAUACACCAUCAAAAUCAUUUGUGCAAAAUAAUCUUGCGUCGUGG